AAUACAAUUACUGUUAUAACAGUAAAGCAAUGAUUAGAUUACUAUUAAAUAUGAGUUAAUAUUAUAAAAUAUUAAUAUUAUAUUAAAGGACUAAACAAACACUCAAUAAAUGAGUGAAAUAAUGACUGAAAGCAUAAGUGUUUGAAAGCUUUGAAUUGAAAGACAUUUGCAAAUCAAGUGAAGAGAUGUCGAGAAUUGCGUUCAACGAGAGAGUGGUUUGGGUGGACGUGUUGGCCAUCAUCUUCGGCAUCAGCUCUUGGAUUGAAGUGAAUGGCGUUUGGGUGGAGACACCGGUGCUGGUGAACAGACUGCCCGAGCAGUGGAAUCUGGCCUCACAUGUGGUGGUGAUCACGCAAUUGGCAAACAUCGGACCCAUUGUCUACUCCAUCCUGAAGUUCAAGUAUUCAUUAAAGUCGGUGGAAAAGCCUGCCAUUCACUUGACUCUAUUGAUUGGCGCGCUUUCGUGUCUCUUGUUAUCCCUGUUUUGGGACCGAAUCACACAAAUCAGUGGAUCUCAGCAUUCGGUGGCUUUCCUUCUGCUGACGGCUCUGUUAGCUGUGGUCGACUGCACCACAUCUGUGCUCUACAUGCCAUUCAUGGCUCACUUCAAAUCCAAGUAUUUGAUGUCAUAUCUGAUCGGUCAGGGCUUGAGUGGACUCAUACCCAGUGUUAUCGCCAUCAUUCAAGGAAUUGGAGGCAAUCCCGAGUGCGUGAACUCCACGACAGAAGCUAAUCAAACAGUUGCCGAAUACCCGGACCCAAGAUUUUCUGUCAGUUUAUUCUUCAUAUUCCUAUUGGUUUUGGUUUUGUUGAGUUGGUUGGCAUUCAUUCUACUCAAUCACCUGAAGAUAUGUCAAUCAGAAAGGGUUACCCAUAAAGAGGACUCGGAAGUGGAGAGUCAGUUGAGGACUGUUAACAACACCGGAGAGUCGGACGCGAGUACUGAACACAAGAGUUGCGAUGAAAUUGAAUUGAAUUGCGAGUCAUAUCUGAACAGAAGUAAUGACCGCAAUAUAAGUCGCAACUCAUUUGUGGGUCUUCUGGUCACUCAGGCCUACAUCUGUGCCCUCACUAAUGGAGUCCUUCCCAGUAUUCAGAGUUACAGUUGUCUGCCUUACGGGAACACCGCCUACCACUUGACAGUCACCCUGUCCUCUAUGGCCAACCCAAUCGCCUGUUUCGUUGCCUUUUACAUGAGUACGGCUGCCGUCAAGAAGACUCUACCGGUGGUCGUUGGUGUGGGAACGUCGGACGCGAGUCUCGAGUCGGAGAAGCCGUCGAAAGUGGAGUACGAGAUCGCGAAGUACUUGAGGUCUAAAUUACCGCCGAAGAAGACAACACUUCUCUCUCAUAAAGUGGACUAUUUUAUUGCCUCGAAAUCGAUUGAUCUGUUGAUGGACUCGAAGUGGUCUAAAGACGACAAACGACAGAAGGAAGCGUUGUUCACAUCCCGCGAAUCGGUGGUGGCAUUCAUGGACCAAAUGCUUAGACAUAAGUUCUUUCACAGAGCGAAGACUGUUGUCGUCAAGAAAGACAAGAAGAAGAAAGCGGAUAACGAAGAGAGCAGUUGUAAUGAGGAACACAUGAAAGUGGAGUCCAAGAAGAAGGCAAAGAAAGAAUUGAAAGACAAGGACACCAAAGAGGAGAAUAAAGACAAAGAAGUGUCGCUUAAAGACAAAGACGACAAAGAAGUGGAGACUAAGAAGAAGGAGAAGAAGAAGAUUAAGUUAGACAUGCAUUUGGAACAGUUAUUCGUUGAUGAGAAUGAGCCGUAUGUCUGGAUCUAUGACCCGAUCCCUCUGCGCGCGUGGCUUAUCGGUGCAGCCCUUGUGUUGGCGGCGAUCGCCAUCUGUCUGUUCCCUCUGUGGCCGCGAGUGGUUCGCAAUUAUGUGUAUUAUCUGAGUAUAGCUGCGGCCGCUCUCCUCUUCUUUAUCAUCGGUUUAGCCGUUCUUCGUCUGAUAGUCUUCACACUCGUCUGGGUCUUCACAUUCGGAAGACAUCAUCUCUGGAUUCUGCCGAACCUUACAGAAGACGUUGGGUUUAUGGAGUCGUUUUGGCCGCUCUAUAAACACGACGUGAAAAAUGGUGACAAAAAAGACGCCAAAAAGAAGAAGAAAGACGACGCGACCGAUGCCAGCAGUGCUCCUCUUGUGGACAAUGAGGACAAAAGCAUUGAUAAUAAGGAGUCGGGCUCUGAGAGCGCUUCCACUGUCGACAGUAUUGCGAAAAGUAAUUCUUCCAAUGAGUUGAACGCAAACAAUGGCAUCAAUGGCUUCGAGAUUCUCGACUCCAAUGAGUUGGACGACGAAGAGAUCGAUGAAUGAAUCGCUCAUGAAAUGGCAUCCAUUAAGACAUAAAUUAUAUUUAUUGGAAAUUCUGUCAAAUUUAUUGCUUGUUUUGGGAAUCAAAC